AUGACAGGUUCCAGCACCGUCGCACCGGACGUGCCCAAGCUGAUGCGCGCUCUGCGCAUCGAAGAGUUCAACGCCGAUCCUCCGUACGUGCUGCGCGACGACGUGCCCGUUCCCGAGGUCGGACCCAACGAUGUGCUCAUCCGCAUCGCCACCGCAGGCUACUGUCACACCGAGAUGAUGGUGGCGCGUGGCGAGUUCGCCUCGAAAUCACGCAACCCUCUCCCGCUCAUCCCCUCGCACGAGCCCACGGGUGUCGUGGUCGGCCUCGGCACCGACGCCGCCUCGAGUCCCGCAGGCGGCAACGGCUCGGGAGGGCCGCUGAAGCUCGGAGACCGCGUGGGCUGCAUCACCUUCCGCGACUACUGUGGCAAGUGCGCCGAGUGCCAGCGCGGCACGCCCAAGUACUGCACCGACCAGGACAUGGUUGGCGUCACCGCCGACGGUGCAUUUGCCGAAUACAUGCGUGCCGACUACCGAUCGUGCGUCGUGCUGCCCGACCGGCUCGAUUUUGACUCGGCCGCACCGCUCUUCUGCGCCGGCGCGACCAUCUACACCGCCAUCGCCAACUGCAACCUCGAGCGCGGCCAGACUCUGGCCAUCGUCGGCGCAGGCGCUCUGGGCCACCUCGGCGUGCAGUUCGCAAAGUGUCUCGGAUACAACGUGUGGCUCUUUGACGCCAGAGAUGCGCCGCUCGAGAUGUGCAAGUCUCUUCCCUUCCCGCCGGACAAGACCGUCAACUCGGGCAACGUCGAUGGCCACGACGACAAGGCUGUCAACGAGCUUGUGGAUACGCAGCUCGGUGGCCAAAGGGCUGAUGCGACUAUCAUGGCGACAGAUGUCAUCCCGGCGUACGAGUUCGGCUUGGCGGUGACGAAGAAUCAUGGUCUGUGCAUGGUCGUGGGCCAGCCAAACGAGCCGAUCCCCAUCCACUACAACCAUUUCAUCUUUCGCGAUAUUACCGUCAAGGGCAGCCUGUUGGGAGACCCCAAGACCACGCACGAAAUGUGCCAGCUCGUCGCAAAGCACAAGAUCCAGGUCAAGACCAUCGCCUACCCGCUCGAGGAUGUGGAGAAGAUGCGCGCCGAUUACGCCAAGCCUGGUCAUCAAGGUAAGAUGGUGCUCCGCGUCAACUCCGAUUUGUAG